AGUUUGGCAUUCCACAUCUUUUGCCGCCAGCAGAUCCUCGUAAAGUUAAUAGCAAUCUGGAUUAUACUUCUUCAAUUGGCAUCUUUUGCUCAUACGUCUGGGAAACCUGAUUAUGAAGGCUGCGAAGUUGGCAGUGGCAGGGGAUUUUCUAUUUGGAAUGAAAAAUCCAAACCAUCCAAAUUUUAGAGGAUCAAUUGUAGCUCUGUUAGUGUGUGGAAUACUUGUUUGUUGUGACGUACUAGUUUCUUAUGGGGAUACUUUUGUAAGGCCAGGCAUUUCAGGAACUUUACUUUAUUAUUUACUGGAUCAAAGGUGAAUCAAUCUUCCAUUUUUCUGCCAUAACUGGUUCUUUCUCUUUUCUUCUCUUCUUCUUUCCUCUCCUGACUUGGAGUUUCAUAUCAACCAGAACCAGCUGGAUUUUGAAACUUGGUAUCAGAGACAGCUGGUUUGGGAGCAGUCAAUGGGAGUUUUCCUCUUCCUCCAAGCCUCUGAACCCUAAAGUUAAAGAGCAGGUCCAACGGCUGCAAUAACAUGGAAGGAUUCUAAUCUGGAUUCAAGAACUUCACCAGAAGCAACUGGAGAUAGAGUUAGGAGCUGUCAGAGACAAAUCGACGGAGAACUUGUUGAAGCUUUAAUUGAGAUUCUCAAGGCUCUAGAUGACACCAAUAAAAGAAUUACAGAUUGGAGUCCCUCUUUAGUGUCACCAUGCUAUGGCUGGACUAGUGUCACUUGCAGAAAUGAGCAUGUCAUAAUCCUGAGUCUAGCAUCAAAUGGAUUUUCAGGAACCCUUUCACCUUCGAUUACCAAACUGAAGUUUCUGGUUAGCUUGGAAUUACAGAAUAAUCAUCUAUCAGGUGUGUUACCUGAUUACCUUGGCAGAAUGGAACAGCUGCAGUACCUAAAUCUUGGCAAUAAUAGUUUCACUGGGUCAAUACCUGAUUCUUGGAGUCAACUUUCCAACCUUAAACAUCUCAGGAUAAUAAAUGGAAAUAAGUUGAGUGGGCCUAUUCCUGCCUCAAUCACAAAUAUUACAGGAUUAUUGGAACUUGAUCUUUCAUCCAACGGCAUUAGUGGGAAAAUUCAACCAGAACUGCUUAAAGUUCCAAACUUCAAUUUUACAGGAACUCAUCUCAAUUGUGGAUCUCAGUGGCAGCAGCCUUGUGUUUCAAAAUCUUCUGUUCCUGCGUCCACUAGAAAGUCAAGACUUGGACUCAUAGCUGCAGCUUUUGGUGCAAUUUUGCUCCUAUCAACUGGAGCAAUGUUUGCAUAUCGAUACUAUCAAAUUCAUAAACCCAAAAAUGACAAGUUUGUUGAUGUAGCAGGUGAAGAUGAGUGCAAACUUUGCUUUGGACAGUUGAGAAGAUUUUCAUGGCGUGAACUCCAACUUGCAACUGACAAUUUCAGUGAAGGCAACGUUAUUGGACAGGGGGGCUUUGGAAAAGUUUAUAGAGGUGUUCUCUUGGACAACACAAAGGUUGCUGUGAAACGAUUAACUGAUUAUCAUAAUCCCGGUGGAGAGGCUGCUUUUCAGAGGGAAGUAGAGCUGAUAAGUGUAGCAGUCCAUCGAAAUCUUCUUCGUUUGAUUGGAUUCUGUACUACUUCAUCAGAGAGAAUUCUUGUUUAUCCAUUCAUGCAAAAUCUCAGCGUUGCAUAUCGUUUACGAGAUUUAAAGCCUAGUGAGAAAGGCUUGGACUGGCAGACAAGAAAACGUGUGGCUUUUGGUGCAGCUCAUGGCUUGGAAUAUCUGCAUGAGCACUGUAGUCCUAAAAUUAUACACCGAGAUCUGAAGGCUGCGAACAUCCUUUUGGAUGACAAUUUUGAAGCAGUUCUCUGUGAUUUUGGACUAGCAAAACUUGUUGAUCCAAGAUUGACUCAUGUUACAACCCAUGUUCGUGGAACCAUGGGACAUAUUGCACCAGAGUAUCUCUCCACGGGAAAAUCAUCAGAGAAAACUGAUGUUUUUGGAUAUGGUAUAACACUUUUGGAACUUGUAACUGGCCAACGUGCAAUAGAUUUCUCUCGGCUUGAAGAGGAAGAGGAUGUUCUGCUACUUGAUCAUAUCAAGAAGUUACAGAGGGAGAAAAGGCUCCAUGACAUUGUGGACAGCAGCUUGAAGAGCUAUGAGCCCAAAGAAGUUGAGAUUAUUGUUCAAGUGGCACUAUUAUGCACUCAGAGCUCACCAGAAGACCGUCCAAAGAUGGCAGAAGUGGUAAACAUGCUGCAAGGAGUGGGACUGGCUAAGAGAUGGGAAGAGUGGGAGCAACUUGAAGUGAUCCGUAAUCAAGAGUAUUCUGUUAUUUACCAGUUUGCUUGGCCUGAAGAUUCAACACAUGAUCCGGAGGCCAUCCAAUUGUCUGCAGCACGAUAAUAAGGGGUUGCCAAACAUAAGAUCAAACUAGUGUCAUUCUUCAAUCAGAGUGAAUAAACUCAUGUCAUCACAGAGGUAAUGCAUGUAUUUCUUUCUUGUCCCUUUUGUAAUCUGAUGCACGUACCAUACAGAAGUGAGAAAAGUGUUAGUCUGUUAACCUGUCAACGAUUUCAUAUUGACUAUAGUUGCAUAUAGGUUUAAAUAGCUCAGAGGCCAACAAAGGUUCAUAAAAUAUUACUAUCCUUGUUU